CAAUUCAUGACCAAGAAAAGAAGAGAGAGCCAGGACACGCUCUUCUCUCUACGGGUGGGAAGCAGAGAGGCCCGCGGAGAGGCUUAGUUGGACGUGGCCUGAAAGAGUUGUCCGGCAUUCCUGUUCUUCCCAAAGCGGCUCGGAGCCACCCCAAGGACCGCGGGACUGAAAGCAAACGUCGGGGAUUAUUAUGUCGAUUUCCUGAGAACCGGGGUUCGCAGCACGGAACCGAAGAAAAGGCUAGCUCCUCGGAGGUCCCGCCGGCAUUUGAUACCCAACGACUCCUAGGAUUGCCCAGAUCGCCUGCGGUGGAGCAGCAACUUUCCUCUACUCGAAUCCCAUAUUUUUAAAGAAAAAAUUUUCUGUUCUCCGCGUUGGUCUUUUACUGCCAUCAAAACACUGAAGCAAAGACUUCAGUCUUGUCAUGCAAAGUAUGCUUUAUAUUUUUGCCAAAUAUGAUCUCUAAUUGAAAGUUUAUUUUUGGUUUUGGAUGAAUCUGUGGAACUUAUGUUGUAAGAAGAAAGGGGGAACGAGACACGAUGAAAGAGAAGUCCAAAAAUGCUGCCCGGACUAGGAGGGAGAAGGAAAACAGUGAAUUUUAUGAACUGGCCAAAUUACUGCCUUUGCCCUCGGCUAUCACCUCGCAGCUGGACAAAGCAUCCAUAAUCAGGCUCACCACCAGCUAUCUCAAAAUGAGAGUAGUGUUCCCAGAAGGGCUCGGCGAAGCGUGGGGCCACUCAAGCAGGACCAGCCCCCUGGACAACGUAGGCCGCGAACUGGGCUCCCACCUGCUCCAGACCUUGGAUGGCUUCAUCUUUGUGGUGGCCCCAGAUGGGAAGAUCAUGUACAUCUCGGAGACAGCCUCAGUCCACCUGGGUCUUUCUCAGGUAGAGCUGACCGGGAACAGCAUUUACGAAUACAUCCACCCUGCGGACCACGACGAGAUGACGGCGGUGCUCACAGCCCACCAGCCCUACCACUCUCACUUCGUCCAGGAGUACGAGAUCGAGCGCUCCUUCUUCCUGAGGAUGAAGUGCGUCUUGGCCAAGAGGAACGCGGGCCUCACCUGCGGCGGCUACAAGGUCAUUCACUGCAGCGGCUACCUGAAGAUCCGCCAGUACAGCCUGGACAUGUCCCCCUUCGACGGCUGCUACCAGAACGUGGGCCUGGUGGCCGUGGGCCACUCGCUGCCUCCCAGCGCCGUCACGGAGAUCAAGCUGCACAGCAACAUGUUCAUGUUCCGCGCCAGCCUGGACAUGAAGCUCAUCUUCCUUGACUCCAGAGUGGCGGAGCUGACGGGGUACGAGCCUCAGGACCUGAUUGAGAAGACCCUGUACCACCACGUGCAUGGCUGCGACACCUUCCACCUGCGCUGCGCCCACCACCUGCUGCUGGUAAAGGGGCAGGUGACCACCAAAUACUACCGGUUCCUGGCGAAGCACGGCGGCUGGGUGUGGGUGCAGAGCUAUGCGACCAUCGUGCACAACAGCCGCUCGUCCAGGCCGCACUGUAUCGUCAGCGUCAACUAUGUCCUCACAGACACGGAAUACAAAGGGCUGCAGCUCUCCCUGGAUCAGAUCUCAGCCUCCAAACCAGCCUUCUCCUAUGCAGGCAGCUCCACUCCUGCCAUGACUGACAGCAGAAAGGGAGGCAAGUCCAGGCUUUCCAGCUCAAAGUCAAAGUCCAGGACUUCCCCAUACCCUCAGUACUCGGGAUUUCCCGCGGAAAGAUCUGAAUCUGAUCACGACAGCCAGUGGGGCGGCAGUCCGCUGACAGACGCGGCCUCCCCGCAGCUGCUGGACCCCGCGGACCGGCCCGGCUCUCAGCACGACGCGUCGUGCGCCUACAGGCAGUUCUCGGAACGCGGCUCUCUCUGCUACGGCUUCGCGCUCGACCCCUCCAGGCUGGUGGAGGAGAGGCAUUUCCACACCCAGGCCUGCGAGGGCGGCCGGUGUGAGGCAGGCAGGUACUUCCUGGGAGCGCCGCAGGCGGGGAGGGAGCCCUGGUGGGGCUCUCGCGCAGCCUUGCCCCUGACCAAGGCCUCCCCGGAAAGCAGAGAAGCCUAUGAGAGCAGCAUGCCUCACAUCGCCUCGGUCCACAGGAUCCACGGGCGAGGUCACUGGGAUGAAGAUAGUGUGGUCAGCUCUCCAGACCCUGGGUCUGCCAGCGAAUCAGGUGACCGAUAUCGCACUGAGCAGUAUCAAAGCAGCCCGCAUGAACCUAGCAAAAUCGAAACUCUGAUCAGAGCCACCCAGCAAAUGAUUAAAGAAGAAGAGAACAGGUUGCAGCUGAGGAAAGCGCCCCCAGACCAACUGGCUUCCAUUAAUGGAGCUGGGAAAAAACACUCCCUCUGUUUUGCAAACUACCAGCAGCCCCCAACGACAGGCGAAGUCUGCCACAGCUCCGCUCUUGCCAACACUUCACCAUGUGACCACAUCCAGCAGAGAGAGGGAAAGAUGCUGAGCCCCCGCGAAAAUGACUACGACAACAGUCCCACAGCACUGUCGCGGAUAAGUAGUCCCAAUUCGGAUCGCAUUUCCAAAUCCAGUUUGAUCCUAGCUAAAGACUAUCUACAUUCGGAUAUGUCUCCUCAUCAGACGGCAGGAGACCAUCCUGCCGUCUCUCCAAACUGCUUUGGCUCUCACCGGCAGUAUUUUGAUAAGCAUGCUUACACAUUAACUGGAUACGCCCUGGAGCACUUAUAUGAUAGCGAAACCAUUAGAAACUAUUCCUUGGGCUGUAAUGGCUCACACUUUGAUGUAACUUCCCAUCUAAGGAUGCAGCCGGAUCCAGCACAAGGACACAAGGGAACAUCUGUUAUAAUAACCAAUGGAAGCUGAUGUUAUUUUCUAAAAUAUUUUCUUCUUUAAGGAUCUCUGAAACAUAUUUAUCAUUUAAUGCCCCAUUACCAGCAUUUACAAUGCCACAGAUUGUUAGAGUGGAUAAUUUAAGUUACUGGGUAUUUGACAUGUGUUCCUGUGAAAUCAAGGAUAACAGCACUGGCAUUCAGGGUUGUACACAGAUAAUGGAGCUAAAGUGAAUACACAGAUUGCCCCUCUAUUUAUAUGGGAACCAGAAUAGAUAAAUUUUGAAUUGAAAAAUACUUGUGUAGAUUAAAUGAGCAUAUAUAUAUCACGUGAAAGGACCGAUGGAUGACAACAAUCAUUAUGAUGACCCAGUGAACUUCACACACACAGACCACUAUCCACAAACUGCUAUAUAUACUUUACGUAUGGAAAUACAGACUAUAUACCAUUCAUAUACCCCAAGUGGGUAAGUUUCCUUAACCCUAGCACAUUAAGCAUCUUAAAGAAAUUUCCAUUCCCAAAAUAACUAAGAAAGAGAUAUAUCUUGUAAACUGGUUUCUUUGUGGUUUCAACCAUCCAGCUCGUUUGGUUCAGGCAUAAAUAAAUGGGAAAUGGUUUUGGAUAUGAUACAAGAAUGAGUUUUCA